UUUUGCAUGAAAUGAUACAUGCCUACUUAUUUGUCACUAAUAAUGAUAAAGACCGGGAAGGACACGGCCCAGAGUUCUGUAAACAUAUGCAUCGAAUCAACCAACUGACAGGAGCCAACAUAACGGUCUACCACACUUUCCACGAUGAGGUGGAUGAGUAUCGCCGGCACUGGUGGCGCUGCAAUGGACCCUGCCAGCACAGACAGCCCUACUACGGCUAUGUGAAGUGUGCCACCAACAGGGCCCCUUCUGUUCUUGACUACUGGUGGGCUGACCACCAGAAAACUUGUGGAGGCACUUACAUAAAAAUCAAGGAGCCAGAGAACUAUGCGAAGAAAGGCAGAGGGGAGACAAAAGCAGACAAGCAGUCAGCAUCGGCAGUGGAGAAUAAAGACAAGCUGUGCCGAGGGGAGGCCCAGCUGCUCAUCCCAUUCAGUGGAAAAGGGUAUGUUCUUGGAGACGCAAGCACUUGCCCUUCAGCU